AUGACAUCCUCUAAACUGGCCUUGCUGCUGGUCGUGCUGUCCUGCAUCGAAAGCUGUUUGUCCGCCUCCUGCAUUGUUGACAGCUUCACAGUCAAAGACGAUUUUGACCCCAAGAGGUAUGCAGGGAAGUGGUACGCACUGCAGAAAAAAGAUCCAGAGGGCCUUUUCCUACAGGACAACAUCUCUGCAGAGUACACCAUCGAUGAUGAUGGCAGCAUGACCGCUUCCUCUAAGGGACGUGUCACUCUGUUUGGCUUCUGGGUUGUGUGUGCUGACAUGGCUGCCCAGUACUCUGUCCCUGACCCCUUAACCCCCGGCAAGAUGUUCAUGAACUACCAGGGACUGGCCAGCUACCUGUCCAGUGGAGGUGACAACUACUGGGUGAUCGACACCGACUAUGACAACUACGCCAUCACUUAUGCCUGCCGCACCCUGAAGGAGGAUGGCAGCUGCGAAGACGGCUAUGCCAUUAUCUUCUCCAGGAACCCCCGUGGCCUGCCCCCCGCCAUCCAGCGCAGCGUCCGUCAGAAACAGGAGGAAAUCUGCAUGGCUGGCCAGUUUCAACCUGUCUUGCAGUCUGGAGCUUGCUAA